CAAAGGUUUGAAAGGUUGUCCGCUCUUUCUACGGUGUUCGAGUCUGCUCCUGCCCCCCCCCCCCGUUCGCUAUGAGUCUUUGGGAAUAUAAGCUGGGAAUACUUUAUGGUUCUUCUGGAAUCUUAAGUAUCUUGUCUGGGAAGAGAGCUGAAUGGUCUUGGAAAAUUUCCCCAGACCUCUUGUGAACAGAAAGACCUGUGGAGAUCCUUGGGUCCAUUUUGGAGCUGCAUUAGAGACCAGAGAGAAGAUGGAGGGCCAACACCCAGCAGAUGCAGAAAUUGGAAAAGGCCCUCCAGUUGCUCAGCCUUGGGGCUGUGGGAAGAAUGGGGCAAGUCUUGGGCGGAAGAGCCAAGAAGAGGCAUCCAAUAGUUCAGAGGUCCAGUGCUGUCACUUCAGGAGAGUGCGGUUUCAGAAUGGGAGCCGUCCCCGAGAUGUUUGCACUCAGCUUCACUAUCUUUGUCGCCAGUGGCUGCAACCAGAAAAAUACACAAAGGCUCAGAUGCUGGACCUGGUGCUCCUGGAACAAUUGCUGGCUGUCCUUCCCCCAGAGAUGUCAAAAUGGGUGCGGGAGUGUGGAGCAGAGACCAGUUCUCAGGCGGUGUCCCUGGCCGAAGGCUUCUUGCUGACUCAGGAGGAGGAAAACAUGCAAGAAGAGUUGCAGAAAUCUUCAGAAACUUUAGCUGAGUAUCCUAAGGGGAGGAAAGAGUCAUUCAAAUCUUCUCAAGAGCUUCUCUUCAGGGAGAACAUCCAGAAAGAUCAAAAUCAAGAUGCUACGCAAGAGAAUAGAAAACUCUCCUUGGACUUUUUAGAAUCACCUCUUUAUGCUGGAGCUGAAAGAUUUGCUGAACCGCUUCUUCAGGAUGUUGUGUCUUUUGAGGAAGUGUCCGUGUAUUUCUCCAAGGAGGAGUGGUCUCAACUGGAUGCUGACCAAAAAGCACUGCAUGGAGAAGUCAUGCUGGAGAAUUCCAGGAAUCUGUUUUCUCUGGGCUUUAAUGGGCAAGAGAAUGAGAGUUGCAAGCGGAAACACCAAUCGAUCCAUUCAAAAGUGGGGGAAAGGAAAUUUGAAGAUCAGAUGCAACCAAAGAAUGAUGAAACAAAGAAAUCACAAAGUGGAAUUAAAAAUGUUUUUUCUCGGGUCCAUUGGCUUCCUAACCAGACAGUUAUCAAUAAUGGAGAAAGACCAUAUACAUCCAUGGAGUGUGGAAAGAGGUUCAAUAAAUCUGAUCAUCUCUUUUCUCAUAAAAAGACACAUUCAGAAGAGAAACCAAAUACCUGCAUGGAGCAGGGAAAGGCCACCUCCUUUAAUUAUUCCGUUAUAACACAUCAAAGGAAUCACAAAGAAAGACCUUAUAAAUGCAUGAAGUGUGGAAAAACCUUUAAUUGUAGCAGUAGUCUUAAUUCCCACAAUUUGAUCCACACAGGAGAAAAGCCAUAUCAAUGCAUGGAAUGUGGAAAGGGUUUUAGGAAGAGUGGUAAUCUUAAUACUCACAAGAGAAUUCACACAGGAGAGAAACCGCAUCAAUGCAUGGAAUGUGGAAAGACCUUUACUUACAUGAAUAGUCUUUAUUACCACAUGAGGAUCCACACAGGAGAAAGACCUUAUAAAUGUAUGGUGUGUGGAAAGACCUUUACUCAUAGUAAUGAUCUUAAUUCCCACAAGAGGAUCCACAAAGAAGGACCUUAUAAAUGCAUGGAGUGUGGAAAGACCUUUACUGGUAUUUGUGAUCUUAAUUCUCACAAGAUGAUCCAUACAGAAGAAGGACCUUAUAAAUGUGUGACAUGUGGGGAUAGCUUUAGAAGGAGUUGUGAGAUCAUAUCGCAUAAAAAGAUCCAUAUGGGAGAAAAAUGGAGUUGAACUUUUUAAGGAGUAGCGCUUUUACCUGCUCUAGAGGCUUCCGCACAUGGGAAGAGCCAUAUCAAUAAAGAAAUUGUGGAAAGAGCUUCAAGGGAAAUCCAGAUAGUCCUUGAUGUAUGACUGUAUUUGAGCCCAAAAUUUGUGUUGCUAAGCAAAACAUUAAGUGCAUUUUACCCCAUUUUACGAGUUUUCUUGCUACUUUUUUUGAGUGAAUCACUGUAGUUGUUAAGUUAUGAAAUGAAUCAGGCUUCCCCAUUGGAUUUGCUUGUCAGAAGCUCACAAAAGAUGAUCAAAUGAUCCAGGAACACUGCAGCUGACAUGAAUCGGUUGC